UGUCUUUUGAAGCGGUGCGGUUUCCCGUUGGGGGGGAGAAGAGGCCGUUGGUGGCGCUGCCGCCUCUGCCCGUGCGGCGCACGGGGACCACCGCGCUCCUCGCGUCCCCUCGAAGCGGGGGCGAUGCUCUUCUCGCCGGGGCCGAGUCGCCCGAGGAGCUGCGCGUGGCUGAAGGGGCCCUCGAGGAGAUCGAUGGCAUGAAGGCGGCGCAGUCCGACGUGGGAGAGGACAUCCGGGCGAUGCAGGAGGUGCAUGGCUUGGCCGAGGCCGUUGCCUGCGCCGAGUUUGAUCAGGGCGGCGUGCUGCUGGCCUUUCAGCCGGACUUCCUGGACACCGACCCCCCCGGCCUGCACUCCGGGGACCUGCUGAGCCUCAUCUUGGGAGACGUCACGUCCCUGAAGAGCUUCGAUUCCCUGACGGGGUGCGGCGACGACAUUGCUGAGCCCGACGUCGCCGAGAGCUCCAUGGCGGUGGAGCGCAGCAGGGACGCCGCUAAACGGGGCUCCUGCCUGGUCACCUACCAGGGCGGUGGGGAGGAGAUGGCCGUGCCGGAGGAGGCGGAGGAGGACCUCCGCCAGCUGUGGAGCGGCAGCGCGGCCGGCGACGGGAGCUAUGGCGCCCCGGUGUCGAGUGGCGGUUUGGAGACACGUGCCUCGCGGGAGGCGGGAGAGCCCCCCUACGCGGGGGACGCGCUGGACGGCGUUGACCUGCUGACGCCGCAGAGCGACCAGCAGGAGUCGGCCCCGAACAGCGACGAGGGUUAUUACGACUCCACCACGCCGGGGCUGGAGGACGAGGGCGGAGAUGGGCUGGGCGAGCUGAAGAAGGACCGUCUUCCGCGCGACAGUUACAGCGGUGAUGCGCUUUAUGAGUUUGACGCGCUGCUGAGCCCCUCUCACGGGGAGGAAUCCCUGUUGGAGAGCAAAGUCUCGCGCCCGGGCAUCUUCAGCUACUUCUUGGACUUCUGCCUCCCCGCGGAGCAGAGCCUGAUGCAGCUGCUGGAUGAGAAGAGAGGGCCGAUGGAAACGGAAGAGGAGCGGCUGGCGGCCAUUCAGAAGGAGCUGCUGUACUGGGAGCUGCGGAGGGAACCGGUGCCGAGAGGACUGGAUGUUGGCGGCAAGGAGAAGCGUGCGCGGGAAAAGCAGCGCGGUGAAUGUAAAGCUCGAGCGGGCAGCUCCAUCGGCAGGAAUCCGAGUGGCCUUGGAGGGGAGGCGGUGGCCUCGCACGCCCCGCACAGGGGGGUGCCUGGCGGGGUUUCGGUGGCUGGGGCUGAGAACGCGGAGUGGGGGGACUUUGCGGGGACUCUGUGUCCCGAAAACGGUUGCAACGGCCAAAGGGCCCCGGGAAGUUGCCUCGUUCAGCUGAGGAAGAGCGACCCGGGGUUCGAUUCGGAGCCGGACUGUGGGCUGUUUGGGGGCUCCAUCCCCGGCUCGGCCUUCACCCAGAACCUCCCCGCCCUCCCCACCAUGGUCACCUUCGACAUCGUGGACGUGGAGCAGGAAGGGGAGGGGGAGUGCGAGCGGCAUCCCGAGCUGAACGCCGGCGAGGACAUUGCCGAGGCCUUUGAGGACGGCUACGGCCGGAAAGAGUCGCUGGCCGAAUGUGAGGAGGGGCUGUGCGCGGGGUCCCCGCCGGGCCGC